AUGUCACUUGAGAAUAAAAGGAGUUUGAAUGAAACGUACUUCUUUGGAAAUAGCAACCUAUACAAAAGAGAUAUAGAUCAAGUCAAAUGUGAGGUGAAAACACUUGAAUUGGAAAACCUUUCAAAAAACGUCGUGUUUACCGGCGAGUUGGUUGGGAAGCGCCUGAACUUUGAAGUUGAAAUUCCUCAAGACUUAGCAGGGAAGUUCUGUGUGAGUCUGUCUGCUUUUGGGCAGACAGACACCAUACAACACUAUCCAAAGUUGUUUUACUUGGGAAAAGGGACGUCAGUUAGUUACUUUGAGUUAUCUGAGAAUGGCCAUUACUCUUUGAACUUAAUGCAAGAGACUGACGUUGUCAAGUCAAUCAUUUUUUCGUUCAACACGCAACGAAUCAAAUUGGAUAUCAACGAUCGCCUUGUCACUAUAACUUUGGACGACUUUCGAUCGAUUGGAGGCGAUACAAUUGUUGUAUACAAAGAACCUAAGUACGACCUCGUGUUGAAGAAAUCCAAAAUCAUUCGGCAGAAACGGCUGUUGGAAAACGUUCGAAUGACCUCGACAAACUUUAAGAACAUCGAUUUCAUUAUGGACCCCGGAAUGUAUUUGGUGUGCUACUAUCGAACUCUCAAUGUCACUACAGUAAGCCCCCCAAUCGCUUACUCUUUUUUUAAUUUUCCAAAAUAA